CCAGGAUGCACCUGUUCAACUGAACUGUCCAAGAAAAGCCAUUUUGUUGUGCUAGCUAGCUAGUUUAGUGGGUAAAGAAAGACACAUUUAAUAUGGGUCUGUUAUAUCAACGAUAACUAUGUCGCUUUUACGCGCGCGUAUGCUUCUGCCAAAUGCAAUAAUAGAACUGUUUGAAAUCUGUAAGUAGUCGAGGCUGGCGGGGACUAGCCUCAAAAAGCUAAAGCUAGUGUUGUGGUGAAGACGAGAGCUGUUAGCUAAAGUGUGCUGCAGUUUCAGAUAACACACUGUUAGCUAGCUAUCUGUUUACUGACUAGUUAUGUUUUCUUAUUGAUCAACCCAACGUUAGUCAGCGUUUAUCGGUACCUGUGUAUUACAUACAGCGAGACUGCCUGUCCUGUCUGCCAAAGACCAACCGGCCCAACAGUUUGUGUCGCUGACAGUAAAUAAACAGGCGAGUGAAACAAUCUAACGUUGCAGUAACUUGGACCAUACCGCGUUAAGCCCACGCGCUAAUCUGAUAAUGGCAGAAGACACCCGACAGGACAAGAGAGCCAGCUUCUCCGCUAUAACGGAGCACAACACCAACGGGAUGGCCAGGACCUCCGCCGUGGCCUCAAGCAAAAGUGGCGCUUCAAAGAAAUUAGUGAUCAAAAAUUUCAAAGACAGGCCAAAAUUAGCCGAGAACUAUACCGAGGACACAUGGCUGAAGCUACGAGAUGCAGUCAGUGCCAUCCAGAACAGCACCUCCAUCAAGUACAAUCUGGAGGAGCUCUAUCAGGCGGUAGAAAACCUCUGUUCGUAUAAAGUCUCCCCCACGCUAUACAAGCAGCUACGGCAGGUCUGUGAAGAUCAUGUGCAGGCCCAGAUCAAACAGUUCAGAGAAGAGUCUUUGGACAAUCUUUCCUUCCUCAAGCGAAUGAAUCGCUGCUGGCAGGAUCACUGCAGGCAAACGAUAAUGAUCCGAAGUAUCUUUCUCUUCCUGGAUCGUACCUAUGUGCUUCAGAACUCCCUCCUCCCGUCCAUCUGGGACACUGGAUUGGAAUUGUUUCGUACCCACAUUGUGAGUGACACUGCGGUUCAGAAGCGCACAGUGGAUGGCAUCUUGGAGCAGAUUGAACUCGAGCGAAAUGGAGAGACAGUAGACCGUAGUCUGAUCAGAAGCCUUCUGGGCAUGCUGUCAGACCUGCAGGUGUACAAAGAGUCUUUUGAAGAGAGAUUUCUGAUUGAGACCAAUCGCCUGUAUGCAGCAGAGGGACAGCGACUGACGCAAGAGAGAGAUGUGCCUGAGUACCUGCACCAUGUGGCUCAUCGGCUAGAAGAGGAGAAUGAUCGCAUCAUGAGCUACCUCGACCAGAGCACUCAGAAACCCCUUAUCAACUGUGUGGAGAAACAGCUUUUAGGAGAACACAUUACUGCUAUGCUACAAAAAGGUCUGAGGACCCUGCUGGAUGAGAAUCGAGUGACUGAGCUUGGCCUCCUCUACCAGCUCUUCAGCAAGGUGAAGGGAGGACUCCCCACUCUGCUGCAGUUCUGGAGAGAUUACAUUAAGUCCUUCGGUGGGGAGAUCGUAUGCACUCCAGAGAAAGACAAGGACAUGGUGCAGGACCUGCUGGACUUUAAGGACAAGAUGGACAACGUGGCACAGAUGUGCUUCACGCGGAGUGAAGGGUUCAUCAAUGCCAUGAAAGAGGCCUUUGAGACCUUUAUCAACAAGAGGCCCAACAAACCGGCUGAACUCAUCGCUAAAUAUGUGGAUUCAAAGUUAAGAGCAGGGAACAAAGAGGCCACGGAGGAGGAGCUGGAGAGAAUCCUGGACAAGAUAAUGAUCAUCUUCCGCUUCAUACACGGGAAAGAUGUGUUUGAAGCUUUUUAUAAGAAGGACUUGGCCAAGCGUCUGCUGGUCGGUAAGAGCGCGUCUGUUGACGCUGAAAAGUCGAUGCUCUCCAAGCUCAAACAUGAAUGCGGAGCAGCAUUUACCAGUAAACUAGAGGGGAUGUUUAAGGACAUGGAACUAUCCAAAGAUAUCAUGAUCCAGUUCAAACAGUAUAUCCAGAACCAGAGCGGGCCAAGCAACAUAGAACUUACUGUCAACAUCCUCACCAUGGGCUACUGGCCUUCGUACAUACCCAUGGAGGUCCACUUGCCCCCAGAGAUGGUAAAACUCCAGGAGGUCUUCAAGCUGUUCUACUUGGGGAAGCACAGUGGGAGGAAGCUGCAGUGGCAACCCACCCUGGGCCAUGCUGUGCUAAAGGCAGAGUUCAAAGAGGGCAAGAAGGAGCUGCAGGUCUCUCUGUUCCAGACGCUUGUGCUGCUGAUGUUCAAUGAGGGAGAAGAAUUCAGCAUGGAUGAGAUUCGCGCUGCCACUGGCAUAGAGGAGGAAGAGCUCAGGCGCACGCUGCAGUCGCUGGCCUGCGGAAAAGCACGCGUCCUCAACAAGAAUCCUCGGGGAAAAGACGUGGAAGACGGAGACCGUUUCAAUUUCAACAAUGAUUUUAAACACAAACUGUUCCGUAUAAAGAUCAACCAGAUCCAGAUGAAGGAAACGGUAGAGGAACAGGUAAGCACCACAGAGCGUGUGUUUCAAGACAGGCAGUACCAGAUCGAUGCCGCUGUGGUGCGCAUCAUGAAGAUGAGGAAGACCCUCAGUCACAACCUUCUGGUAUCAGAGCUCUACAACCAGCUAAAGUUCCCUGUAAAGCCGGGUGAUCUGAAGAAGCGGAUCGAGUCGCUCAUAGACAGAGACUACAUGGAACGUGACAAGGAGACUCCCAACCAGUACCACUAUGUUGCCUGAAGGGAUACCACUGUAACCGCCAUGCUUUCCUCAAAGCAAGCGUGCAGCUGGCCCCCUAAAACAGCAUUACAGCCCUUCAGACACCAGACUCUCCUCUGGUGCCUGUCUUUUCCCUCCAUCCACACUCCUGGACGCAGCGUCCAGAUGCCACAGAGCUCCAGAGAGAUGAGCAAGACGCUCUGCGUUGUCUUUAUAGGGUGGCGCGGGUUCUUGAUGGACUUACAAAACUGCUAAUGCAAAACUCAAAUGAAAAAUAACUAGCACUUUCCUGUUAUUAGUUUUUUUCCUCCUUGGAAUCUGGAUUUUAUUUCUUUCUCCACAACGUUGUUCUAAAAUCACUUAUUUUCUACCGUAGUUGGUUUGUUUGAGUUUUAAGAAUUUCUUUCGGUUUUUUUUUUCUUUUUGUUCAAGGCGUUCACUUUGAAUGGUUGCAUAAACUGCUGAGUGUGAUCCCCAUUGGUUGGUUAAUUGAUUGGGCAGAGAAACAGCUGCUGAAGAGAUUAAGAGCAGGAUGAAGUGGGCCAGAUGUGUCUGGGUUGGAGUGGGAGGGGGGGUUCAUUGCUUGUAACACAGAAGCUAAUUGACUGGCCGGCACGCCACUUGGGUAUUUCUUUGGGUAUCUUGUAUGUUUUGACCAAAAUGUCCAAUGUCAUGUGCUGACGGUUUUUUGUAGAUCAGAUUGUAUUCUAUGUAAGAGUGAGAAAAGUGAACCUGAAUAAAUGGAUAUUUAAUGA